GUAAACUAUUAAAAAAUUAUUGUGCUUUGUAUCAUGUUGUUCAAUAUAGGUAGACGGUAUAAAAUAGAUCUCGUGUGAUUUUGCAUUAUAUUAUUAACUUAAUAGUGAAAAGUAUGAAACAAUCAUAAGCUCCACCAACUACAAUAUGUGUCAGUGACAUCAAAAAUUAAGACUACAGCAGACGAAUGCUAUAAUCAAUUUAUUGAAAAUUGUACGGACGUCUUCGGCUGACGACAAUUGGUACAUUUCUGCAGUCCACUUCUAUGCAUCGAAAUUUGUUGCAGAUAAAGUCAGAACUCAUAUUAUGUAUAUUGUGCAUUUUAUUUAAUCGUAAUGAAAACCGUAUAAUCUUAUGAUUUUUAUUAAAACCUAAGCAUAAAAAUUAAUUUAAAAUUAUACUAAAAAUACUGAAUCAUUCCAGAUUCUAGGUAUCCACUCAGCGUUCAUUAAAAAUAUGUUGUCAAAAUGUAUUGUUUCUUCUAUCGUUAUUUUUCUUCUUAUGUCACGGCGGCUACAAGCACAAAAUGACGGUCCUCUACCUGGUGCUCCACCUGUCCCUCCACCUACCCCAACACCUGACAAUCCACCUGCUACACCUAACACUUCACCUGACACAACACCUACAACACCUAACACUCCACCUGCCACACCACCAGUCACUCAGCAAGAACCUUACGUAGUAUCUAUUCUAGGAACUAUCCCCCCUCCUCCUCCUCCUCCUCCUCCCCCUCCCCCUCCACCAUCUCCUCCUCCUCCUAGUAUGGGUAAUUUAUUGGGUAGUUUUUUUACUUUAUAAUAAUAUUAAUAACUAUUUAAAUUUGAACCAAUGUCGAAAAUCAGAUUCAUCAUUUAUUUAUUAAUACAUUAAAUAAAUAUUAAAUGUAUGAUGAUUUAUGUUGGUAUAUUUAAGAAUUACUAUGGAUAAAAUAAAAUAAUUAUUUAUUUGUGUUAAUUAUCAAUUUGUAUUUCUUCUGACAGUAUAUUAAUAUGAUCCUGUGCUUAAUAAUUUAUUAUACUGUGGUAUUCUUUUAUGUAACCUGUUAACUUAUUUAAGUGUUAUUAAUACAUUUUAAAAUAACAUAUUGUUAUUGUAACCAAAUAUGUAUUAUGUACACAUAAUGCACAAUAAUAUAUUAAAUAAUUAAUUAACAAAUUAAGAGCUGAUACUGUCGAUAGCUGCACCACUAUUAGUUGUUAGGUAC